UGUGACCAUCAUACAUGGAGGCUGUUUGAAAUUGAGCGGUGCUGCAAUUUAAAAUCUUCUAAACUUUAAUGUAACGUUAAAUAACCAGACCUCUUUGCUCAGAACGGUCCCCAUGGACAGCGGUGUUGAUGGUCCUGAGCCGGAAGAGAAUGAGAGGUCGUCCCCUGCAGCCGGGUUACGAUCCCCUCAGAUGGAUCGUAACCCGUCGCCACCCCCGAACCAAGCUGAUGGAGACCAGGGAGAAGACCUGGAUGCCAUCGGAGAUACAGCUUACAGCAAGCACUGGCUUUUCAGCACGCUGACUCGACUCAUUCAGAUGGUUACAGAGCAUUCAGAAGAGAACUCAGAAGAUCAGAUGCAGCUCUCUGACGAUGAGGAAGAAGAUCUUUGCAGAGUUUGGGAUAUGGCAAUGGAUAAGGACGUGGCGGGUUUCCUACAAGAAUUCAAAGCUGCUGAUAUCCUCCUUGGAGUCAUAGCCAAAUCUCGCUGCCCACGUCUUACAGAAAUUUGUGUAGGAAUCCUUGGGAAUAUUGCCUGUUUUCCUGAAACAUGUGCGACUCUCAGCCAAAACGAGGAUUUGGGUGCUGUGCUGUUGCUUCUUCUGGGAGAUACUGAUCCCCCAACCCUUCUUGAAACCAGCAGACUUCUACUGACCUGCUUAUCUCAAAAAGACUUCUGUUCCCUGUGGCUUCAGCGAAUACGACAGCAGACAUCUGUGUGCUCCAGCCUCUGUUUCAUCAUGAGCAGUUCUACUAACACUGAUCUGCUUGAGAAGGUGGGAGAGCUGAUCGACAAACUGUUUGACCUUGAUGAAGAAUUAAUGAAGUGCUGGAUCACAUCCCAGCCGAGGGAGGAGAAGGAGCGAGAUGGGGAUAUCAGUCUGGAUUUGAGCUUGUGUCUCCUUGAGGCAGCAAAGCAGCUCAGGUCUGAGAGUCCCAAUGGUCUGGAGGUUUAUCUUCACAUCUUCCAACUUCUCACCACUGUAGAGGAGGGCAUUCAGGUUUUUGCGGCGCCUGAUGGACCCGGCAAACCACUGUGGGAGUUUGUUAGUGACGUUGUGUGCGAGGACCUCUGUCAGCCAAAUGAUCUUCCAGUUGUCCUGCAUGAGCAGAAAAGCAUUUUAAUUCAGGCGCUGUCUGUGCUGCAGGCUCUUUAUAGAUGCCAGGAUCUGUGGAGCAGCAGAAACGACACAAGUCCGUCUCUGAUUGGGUCAGUCUUUCGGGUGUGCCAGCAUCAAAGCGAGUCCAAAAGGGAAGAUUCCAACAAAGACAAUACAAAUGAUGACCAGCUGCAGACUCUUGCAGAGAUUACCUCAGAGUUUCUAGCUGACAUUUGCCUUAAUAUUACAAAGGACACAGUUGCAGAUUUAAUAAAAAAUGACGACCUGACACAGAAAACUUGUCAAGCAGCUGCAGCCUGUUUGCUUCCCAGUUUUAAGACUUCUUUUCAGCACCUGCAGGCUGCGUUGUCAGAGGCUGAUCCACAGCUGGCAGACAUGAUGAGGACACAGUUUCCUGUCUGAGGCUCCUGCUGAUCAGUGUUCAGCUCUCAUUCAGUCUCCUGCUGCUUUUUAUAGCAGCUGGUAUUUCCUCUCUAAAUAUUUGUAUUUCCAUGCGAUAGACAUUAUCAUUAAUGGUAAACUUUAUCAUUUCUUUUGAUAACUCUAUCUAUGAUUUGCUUAUCUUGGCAAAAUUAAAGGUCUGUUCAUGUUUUACAGUU